AUGGCCAUCGUAUGGCAAGACACGCUUUUAUCCAUGGCAUUUGGCCGAAAUCCGUCAUCCCAUGAAAUGUAUCACGAAACUGACCUGCCACCACUGGGUCGGCACGGCUCUGAGCCUGUGGGUUUGACCUAUAGACAGGCGAUGAACUGGAUAUGUCAUGCGUCAAUGAAAUACUUCGUGGUUCCAGCUUCUCCGCCUGAAUCGGCAAUCUACAACGAUAUCUUCCGCACAUUCGCUGAAAUCCAAGCAUCUUGUGCGAAGCAUAUGCGGGAAAGAAGCGAGUGCCAGUCUUUGCUCGAGGUGCAAGAGCAUUACAGUUUCAUACUGCAUAGAAACUUUGGAAUUUCAUACCUUUGUAGACCCAUUCUCUCCAGGCAAGGAAGACAAAAAAUGAACCAACAAGAUGCCUCGGACAUUCUUUCUCGGGUUUUGGACGCUUUAAAACAAAGCGCCACGGCCUUCAUAUCCCUCCGAUCGAUUUCCAACUACUCUACUCGGUCCUGGGCAUUUCUUCAUAAUAGCCUCUGCUCUGCCCUGAUGCUGGGGUUCAUUGAGCAAACAAAGGGGCUGGAGGAAACCAAGGAUAUCCAGACCCAACUUAUAGCCAGCCUGGAAGCGAGCCAGGAGCUAAAGAGAAGAUCGCUUUCGAAUGCUUAUCCAAAAGCUCUUUGCGCCCUCAAGGCCCAGCGUAAGCUGGCAGAUGAAUCAAACUUGACAAAAACUACAGGCCCCGGAGAAGCUGCCCCUGAAACACUUUCUGCACCAUCCCCUUCAAUUGAGAACGCUAAUUUCAAGGCAACUUAUUUGAGCUCAUUUGAUAUGGACGAAUGGGUCCGCUCCGUGGACUUUGGCUCUUACUCGCCCCUGGAAGCAUACGAUUUUAUUAUGUCAGACCAAUUUGCACCUGGAUCUCUAUUUUAG